GCUAAGAGGAGCGAGUUAUAGGCAGAGCAGCCGACUCAGCGAAUGACAACACCGCCAUGUCAACAACCGCACCAGUUGAUUGAGAAAGUCGUGACUCAUGUAUUAAUUAAUUCAUUUCAUUCUCUCAGUGUCAUUGUUACUGUGCACCUCUACUUCGGUCCCACACCACCUCCUACACCAGGGCACCUACUUUACAGUACUAGACUCAAGGUCACAAGACCUGUAAAUAAGAGAAAGUUUCAAUCAACUAAGUAACUGAGGCAGCUGGUGAGAAGAUUCUACCUUCAAGAUGUCUUUAGCAUCACUAAGUGCACCAGUACUCUCUAGGAUUGUGUCGUUAUCUGUAGCUAUUGCAAAUCAUGCUGGCAAAAUCAUCCGAGACGUCUUGAAGAAAGGGGAGUUGGGCAUCGUUCAGAAAGAGAAUGCUCGGGACCUCCAGACCGAGGCAGACAGAGCAGCUCAGAGGUGUAUCAUCAGCUCCCUCAGUCAGUGCUUCCCAAAAAUCACCAUCAUAGGGGAAGAAGGAGAUGAAGAAUCAAAGCAGAUUAGUGGUAAGGUCUAUGAUCCCACACCUGAAAGUACGAUACAAGUCACCUGCCCACCGCACUUGGCCUCACUGGGAGAAGAAGAGAUUGUUGUGUGGGUGGACCCUUUAGAUGGUACUGCUGAGUAUACACAAGCUUACGAAUGCAGGAAGAGUGGCCAUCAGGGGGUUUGUAAGACACUUGGAGUGACAUGUGAAAGUCUCCUUGAUCACGUCACGGUGCUGAUUGGGAUUGCGUCUGGGGGUAAGGCUGUAGGAGGAGUCAUUCAUCAGCCCUACUACAACUAUCAGAACCCAGGGAGUGAACUGGGUCGCACCAUCUGGGGAGUAGUAGGAGGAACAGUGGGUGGGAUGCCUAUCGUGGCCCCACCAGAAGGGAAGUUGAUUGUCACCACUACAAGGUCACACUCCUCCUCGACUGUUACUGACGCUGUUGAUGCCGUGUGCCCUGACGAGGUGCUCAGAGUUGGUGGAGCAGGUCAUAAGGUUAUGCUACUUCUUGAGGGAAAGGCUCACUUAUAUGUAUUUGCAAGUCCCGGGUGUAAGAAAUGGGACACAUGUGCUCCUGAGGCGAUACUACAAGCUGCUGGAGGAAUUUUAACUGAUAUCAAGGGCUCACCCAUCCCCUACCAAGCUUCUGUCCCCUUCAGGAACUCAACUGGAGUCCUCGCCUCGGCACCGGGACAAAAUCAUGCAUUCUACAGCGCCAAGAUUCCACAACACGUAAAGGAUAAUUUAAAAGCUUGAAGUCUAGCUUGCCUCUUUCCAUUGCCUGUUGCUGAAGGACAUCAGGUACAAGGAAAAUUAAUAUCUACUGCUUGAAUCAUUUAUGAGGUAAAAUUGGGUUAUCUUCAGUUAACUAUUUUGUAUGGAAAAAAUGGGGUAUUGAUAUAUAUGACCAAAAAAAAGGGGUAUUAAUAUCGCAAAAAAGGGCUACAUAUUGACAUGGCCUUGAAAAACAGCAAGUGCUUAUAUCUUUUUAUUAGAGGGUUUCCUUAUAAAUAUACAGUACAGUAAAACCUUGGUAAAUCGGACUUCAAUAUACCGUAAUUCACUUUUUGGGGACUCUUGAGAUGCACUGAUCACCAGAAAUACUAAAACAAAACAAAUAAUACUUUAAGAAAUGGGGCAGAUAAAUAAAUAAAUCUUAUGAAAUGAACAACACUUACUGAAUACUGUACAGUGGUCUAAUCAGAUUUGCUAUAGGUCUACUGAGAAGUGUCUUAGUUCUCAGUAGACCUAUAGCAGGCUGGGGCUGAUCAGGUGUUGCUGCAUUUGUCAGGUUUAUUUAUUUAUUGAUUCAGUAUUAUAUUUCAUAUGAUUGGCCUCUUGUUGUUUAUAAUUCAUCAUGAUUAAUAUAACAUUCAGUAAUAGAGAAAAAAUAUAAUACUGUAUGUAAUUUGUAAUAUGACUUGAUAAUAAAAGGAUUAGCUGUACAGCAUUUGAUA